AUGCAUCAACAGAUGGUCUCAAUGAGACAUCUUUUGUUCUUAUUCUAUUUAUCGUUUACAUCAGCCAAAAUGACUUAUUUUAAUCUUGAAAAUAUUUAUGGACCAUAUUGCAAUCCAAGGAAUUCAUUCAAACCAGAUGCAGGACUUGUCCGAUAUGCUGGAACUCCAUGGACUGGCUCAUGUGAAUUAAAUUUAGAGAGCUAUGGUAUUCCAGUCCUAAGGAAUUCAUCUCUAAUACAUAAUAUAUCAUCUUCAACAAAGUUUUAUAUUCGUUUACUUAAACCGCCUUUAUGUGCAUCAGAAUACGUUGAUAUUCAUUCUGAAUCCGGUGAAAAAAUUACCAUUGAUUGUCAUUCAAAAGAGGGCAGUGAAUAUUAUUUAGAUACAGAAAGAUUAAAAAUCGUUUAUGAUCGAAGAAAAAAGUUUCCAAUAUCCCCAUUUUCAAUGCUUGUUACACCAUUGAAAUACAAAACACGCAUGUAUUCAUUAUGUGGUUUUGAUUGUUUUACGGAUACUUAUUGUAUUGAUCGAAGUCUUAUCUGUGAUAGAUUUCAAAAUUGCCCGAAUAAUAAUAUUGACGAGGCACAAUGUGAAUACAAUCAUAUUCCACCGUCGAUUUCAUCCACAGGAAAAAUAAUACUCUUAGUUGUGCUAUCAUUAAUUGUUGUAUUUGAUAUUUCGUCCAUAUUAGUUUGCUAUUUUUGUUGUGGAAUCAACAGUCCAUCUACGCACGGUGUGAAAAAUGAAAAACAUAAUUUUUCUCCUGAAGUUUUAGAAGAAGGUGCUGCUGUGUCACUGCUUGCACAAUCAAUUAUGCUUGCCGACAAUAAUCAAUCUGAUGAUUAA